AUGCAGAGAGAGCAAUGAAGAACUAACCACAGAACAGACAGACUGACUGGGCUAAGAGACAGGCAAAUCCGGAUGCCCGAAAGUUGAUUGGUGAGAAAGAAAGAGAAAUACGAGAGAAAGUCACUGUUUGUGAAAGUCUAGAGGCUGAGCUUAUUCAAAAAGAGAAAGAAGUUCAUGAACUGCAGAAGAUUCUUAACGACAAGGACACGGAGAUUACGGAGCUCCACAAGGCACAACACAAGGCACAGCAGGAUAAAACUGAUUUAGAAAAUCCUACAGAAGCAGCAAACCUUGCCAGGAGAAAGUCGCUAUUUAAACAAAAACGGUUUCACCCUGAAGGCAGAGAAGCCCUUACAUCAGAGGAUGCGGUGGAUUAUGGUGAACUGAAGGAAAAAGAGGUGAUGAAUAUGCUCUGUGGAAUUGCCAACAAGUGGAGACAGCUUGGAACUCAGUUUGGACUCCAGCGUAAUGAGCUAGAGGCGAUAAAGCAAAAUAAUUCCUCACCUAUGGACUGGCUGCUGGAAGUGAUAGCUACGAAUAAAGCUAGAACAACUGACUUUUGGUGGACAGACAUUGUGAAAGCUUUACGUGCCAUGAAGGAAAACAGGGUAGCUGACAGAAUCUGCCGCAAGUACAACAUCCCACAAUCCCCAUUUCACUCAGAAGACCCAGCAGAGGUGGUUGUCUUGCAGCUGAAAGAAAGUAGUGAGUCCAAACUCAAAGGAAAGUUCUCUGCCCUCAUCACCUUCGCCAUCCGAUUCCUGGAGAAGAAGGAAGAAAAAUGCUUCGAAGAUUUCAAGUCUUACGUGAUUACCUUUUUUGAACUUGAUUCAGCCGUCUUGAUUGCCACUAGCUACCGCCAGGUUUUCAACCUCAUUAGCCACGAGAAGAAAUGGGACUGUGUUAACUUCUCACCUUUGCUGGAAGUUUUGGGUCAUUUCAUUGGAGAGGAAUCCGAAGCAAUAUGCUGCGACUAUCAGGAAGCAGUCAAGGCCUACUAUGCCACACGAAAGCUUACUGAGACAAUUUCCAGGACCGACCUAACAAAAAUGUCCCGCGAAAAUGAGCCCCUCGAUUUGACCGUGCACGAGAUCGAAAUGAAGCUGCACCCACACAAGGUCUCUGAGAGAUCUCUCUCCUACAUUCACUCAGUGUGGGACUCGAUGUCUAGUUUCUUUUUCAAUUCCCUCCGUCAAGACGGUUGUCGAUAGCAUGCCGUCAUCGGACGCUGAGGCUGAUUGCCUCUGUGCCACUCUAACACGCAAAACUAGUGAGCCGUUAAUGGGGCAGGGCAAAAAGUCUUGGAAGAAAUUCAUGAAGGAAAACGACAUCACUGAGAUUUCGUUUGAUAGUGGACAUGUCUUUACACUAUAGUUGUUUUGAAGCUGUAAAAACUGUCAGAAUGUUCUUUUAUUGACUUAUUGUGGGCAAACAGGAUGUCUCACCAAAAAAUUUUCGUUUUGCAAGCACAACAUUGAAAACUUUUGUUGCUAUAUAUGUAGAGAAGCAACGGACUACUUUAAAAUGACAGGAGCAUAACUUAGAGGAACCUAGAAAGGAGU